CAAAGAGCUCGCGCUGACAUCAACCUCGCGUAGCCCAACGUGGUAUCCAAUUAUCACCUUUUCUUUUUUUCGAGACGUCCGCCGUGGUGCGUGGCCUGUUUGCGUGUCUGCGUCCAAUUUUAGCUUCGCUCGACCUUCGUCUUUUACGCAGGCGAUCUCGUUGCUCUGUUGGUCGUCAGGCAUCAACAAAGCCAUGGCGAGCCGCCAUGAACACCGCCAUCAGCCAGCUCCGUAUGGCACGGCGACCACCAGCGGGCCAAACUACAAAUGGUGGAUCCCCGCAGCUGGCAUAAGGAGAGACGUCAUCCAGGCAGACAUACAAAGGUAUUUGGGCGACGAUGCGCUUGUCCGGCCUGGCGAGGGACGCGAGGAAAACGAGGGCCAGCCUGGAUAUUGGAUUGCUGCUAGUCGCCCGCCCACUGAAGACAUGAUACGUGACCUUAAGGCUGAUUCGGCCAACUACGAACGCUCGGGAGACACUGGCCGCUACGAGGACUCUAUGGUUCAUAGGUCGCGUCAGUACUGGGGUCCGACCAACAGCUCUCCAUAUUCGGAACCGCCCAGAAACACUUCAUAUUCAGAACCGCCCAGAAGAACAGGAGCGCCGGCACCGAAUCUUCAAACGUACCAAGGACAAUAUGCUCAUCCUCCUUCUUAUCCGGCGCAUCCCCCCGUGUUGAGAAGUCCCUAUGCCCAAGAGGAAAUGCGCCGCUAUGCGAACACGGAGGAUUCAGGGUCUGGCUAUACCUACGGCAGUGUCCGUCAAGCCUCGGAGUUUGCACAAGAUCAGUUCAACAGCCAGCCGCGACAAUUCAGCACAGGCAACUACCCAGAGCAUCCCCCACAAUAUGCACACAACUAUCCAAGGUCUCACAACCAAAGAGAAUAUCAGGCUGCCGCACCUCGAGCGGAACCUCACUCUUCUUCACGAAUGACAGCCAGCACAACCAAUGCGGCUCAAUCCUCUCCCACCACGGGCAGCGCACAGGGCCCUGCUCAUCCUUUAGCCGUCACUAAUCCUCGUCCAGGCUACUAUCUAGCUUCGGACGGCAACUACUAUCCGGACUCAACACGGCAGAACAUCUAGCAGUUUCCCGACUAUGACGUCUGCGAAGGUAUGCGUGUGCGUUCGCCGAGCCCGUACCAUUGUCACUGAUGACGUCCGAGCCCACCGGCGGUAAGACGAGCACGCUGCGCACGAGCUCACUAGGCCGUACACGUCGGAGGUGGGGCUUUCCUCUUACGCCACGCCUAGCUCUUCGUUCACUGUGCGUUGUAGGCGUGGUGCUGUAGCGCUCGACCGCUCGUAUGUAGCCGCAUACCGGCCAUCUUGACAUUUCGGUGUGCGGGCAGAAUGGCUUUCGUGAAAGCGCAGGAUUGGCGAAAGGGGAGGGCCAACAUGGGAACCGGCGCAGCGAAGUUUCUAAGCACGACCCGUAGAUGAAUCACAGGGAGAUCUGUCUUGGAACUUUUUUUUUUUCUUUUAGCGAGGGCGGUGGCAUCGACGAUGGGAACGGUUAGAAUCACGCAUCUACACAUUUUUAUAUAUAUAGCACCAGGGACGCAAAGCCCAUGGGUCAAAACACUUGUUGACGCAAAACAUCAUGCACCAUGCAGGAUCGUGCUGCAACAGCGGAGCAAGGGGCGCUCGCACCACCCUCUCCAAGGAAUAGAAAAGUUCAACGUCAUUCGAUCCAUGAGCUCAUGCUUGUGACGUGCAUGUGACAAACCGUUGAGAGGGGAUGAGAGAAGGGAUAAAUAAGAAAAGAGAAUGAGGGUUGAUUGCGUACAGUGUGGGUGAAGGCUCGAUAAAUGUGCACAGGAAGGAGGGGGGCGAGCGUGUGGUGAGAGAGAGAGUAAAAGAGACACACAAACAUAGAAAAAGAGAGUUGAACCUUACCGACAACUAGAGGCUCGGCAGACGAGCUUGCUUCUCUCGUUUCAUUCCACUUUUUUACCCCUUCGCUUUGUCCGGACGAUGCUGG